AUGGCGGCCAAGCCGCAUCUUACGGAGGAGGCAGCUCGCCAGCUCUUGGUGAGCGCCGAGUCAAACUUAGAUGGGUUGACGCCCGAAUGUCUCCGGGCUGCCACCGAUGCGCUGAACAUCUUCCGCGGCCUAGGGAGCGUGGGCCUCAACGGCGUCCACGAUUCCCUGCGCGUGGUCGUGGCGUUUCACCGUUUAAAGGCUGCUGUGGAGCAGCGCAAACCCGAGGAGGCGCUUCUCCUCGCCUCGGACGAGUUGGAGCACUUUAGAGCAGAUGGCGAUCGGCGAGGCGAAGCUUCCAUGCUCCUGGCCUUGGCCGAGAUCAACAUGGACCGACGCGGUGCGCGCAAGCGUGCAGAGGCCCUAGAGGUGGCUUUGGCUGCGCUGGUCACAUUCCAGGAGAUUCGAGACCAGCGUCUCCAGGCCCUUACCUACCUCAUCCUCACUAACCUCUACUCCAAGAUGCAGAUGCCAGAUGAAGCUGAGCAUGCCGCGCAAUCUGCGCUGUGCGUCUUCCAGGCCUUGGGCGACCAGAUGAGCCAGGCGAAGGCCUUUCACGGACUUGCUCUGACAAUGGCAAGCCGACAUCGCUAUGCUGAUGCUGCUGUGAACGCAGAGGAGGCAUGCGCUUUGUUUGCCAAGCUGGGCGACGUGAAAAUGGAGGCGGCAGAGCUCGUGUCCGUCGGGCAAUGGCAGCUGGCUGCCGGAAAGCCUGGAAGAGCGGCGGCUUCGGCGGAGCAGGCUCUUCUGCUGUUCCGACAAAUUGGCUACGGCAAAGGCUGGCAGGCGAAGGCUCUCUCCGUUCUGUGCCAGGCCUUGGCACAGUCUGGAAGACCCGCAGCAGCGGCGAAGGUUGCAAGGGAGCAGGGUGGCUUGUUUCGCGAGGAGCGAGACUUGGCAGGCCAGGUGGCUUCACAGGAGAUCGCCGCCCAUGCACACCUGGCUUCCAAGCACCCCGAGCGUGCACUCAGCGAGCUGAAGGACGCUCAACAGCUCAUCGACGGGAAGGGCGAUCCAUCCCAGUCCCAGGCCAAGGCCAGGCUUUGCCGCGGCGAGGCGGCCUCUUUCCUGGCAGGUGGCGACAUUGCCGAGGCCGUGCGGACCUUGAAUCGAGGCGUGGCCAUGGCAAAGGAUGUCAAGGACCAUGUGGAAGAGGCCCGAGCUUAUCGGGACCUCUUCGACAUUCAUCUUCAUUGCGGGCGCUUUUCGGCAGCAGGAGAAGCAGCCGCUCGUGAGCGGGCUGUGGCCGAAGCCGCCGAGGAUAGGAUUCGUGAAGCGGCCAGCUGCGUCCGCUUGGCCGUGGCUUUGGCAAACGGCGGGGACUUGGUGAAGUCCUUGGCUCUGGCGGAGGAGGCCUGCGACCUGUCGGAAGCCGCAAGAGAUCGGCGAGGCAUGGCCAGAGCUUUGCAUGUUCUCUCGAGUAUCCAGAGACUGGAUGGGAACAUGGAUGCAGCCCUGGAGGCGAGCGAAAGGCGACUUAAGCUUGCUAGGGACCUUGGCGAUUUACGCUUGGAGGCAGCGGCAAUGCAGGAGUUGGCAGGGCUACACCGCGCGGAAGGCAACUUCAGCGAGGCAAGGCAUUUGGGAAUGGAGAGCCGGGAUCUAUGCAGGCAGAGUGGGGAUCGGCAUGGUUUGGUGAAUGCUCUUGUGGCUUUGACCGAACUGGCCCUGACUGCAGAGAGUGGCGACGUGAAGCAAUCACUGCUCCAUCCGUCCAAGGAGGCCGUUGCCGUUGCUGGGAAACUCGGUGAUGGGAUGCUCCGAGCCAAAGCUCUCUACUGGCGAGCGCAUGCUUUGGGAGCAGUCGGCCGACAUCCAGCCGCUCGUCGCAUAGCUCACGAUGCGGCAGAGCUGUUGACCAAACUGGGCGAUGCCGAGGGCCGCGUGCGAUGCUUGUUUCUCGUUGCAGAGCUGUAUGCUGCGGAGGGCUCGAAAGCAGAUGCUCUCGAGGUGGUUCAGGAAGUGCGGCUGCUCGCAAAAUCCGCCGGGGAUGCAGAGGCCGAGUACGAGGUGGCACUGCUCGAGGAAGAGGUGUCCCGCAAGGAAUCUCAACCAGAGCCUCAAGCAACGACGCCCCAACCGGCGACAGAAAAGCCGCCCGAGGCCACAGCUCGCGAAGUACCCGAGGUGCCCGUGGCCAAAACAACAUCCCUGGACCCGAAGGAAGUCUUACAGCAACUCCUGCGGCUUGUCAAGGAGGUCACGUCUAGUACCGAUGAGAUUGAGCUGGACACCCAGUUCGUAGAUGCAGGGAUGGACAGCUUGUCAGGUGUGACCCUUGUGACAAUGAUGAGCCGCGAGUUCGGCAUGAGCUUCACGCCCUCCACCGUUUUCGACUACCCCUCGGUGCGAACACUGCGGGACCACCUGCUCCGUGAACAACAGGAUGAAGGCUGA